UUCCUUGUUUUUCUACUAUACUGCAAUCAGUGGCAGGGAUGGUAGUACUACUACUUUACUACCAAGACCACCUGUGUUUUUCUCUUUGUAUCUGACAGCAGACAUGAGUGAUUGGAUUUCUCAAAAUGGGGAGAGAGAGAGAGAGAGAGGGAGAGAGAGAGGAUGAACGUCCUUAAAACAAGCAAAACCCAUCAAGGGUUUGAUCUAUAGACUCCAUUAAACCCCUUCCACAAGCUCCUCAGAUUCCCACAAGCUGAUUCUGGCAUUUGGGUGUUUGGGUUUUGGCCCUGUAAUUCAAUGGGAGGAAAGGGAAGGAGAGGAGCUGCUUUGUGUUUGGUGGUUUUGUUGGUGUUUUGGAAUACUUCAUAUGGAUUGCUUUCUCCCAAAGGUGUCAAUUAUGAAGUUCAAGCUCUGAUUGGUAUAAAGACAUCACUAAUCGAUCCUCAUAAUGUUCUUGAGAACUGGGAUAAGGAUUCUGUCGAUCCGUGUAGCUGGACCAUGGUCACUUGCUCACCUGAAAAUCUAGUCACUGGAUUAGGAGCGCCGAGUCAGAAUUUAUCUGGGACUCUCUCUCCAAGUAUAGGAAACUUGACAAAUCUUCAGUCUGUGCUUUUACAGAACAACAACAUAUCGGGAGUGAUUCCGCUAGAGAUUGGGAAGCUCUCAAAGCUUCGUACGCUAGAUCUUUCUAUCAACUCGUUUAGCGGUGAAGUACCCAGUUCUCUUGGCUACCUGCAAAACCUUGAAUACCUGAGGCUUAACAAUAACAGUCUUUCAGGAGCAUUUCCUUUGUCUUUGGCUAACAUCACCGAGCUUGCUUUCCUGGACUUGUCUUAUAAUAAUUUGAAUGGUCCUAUUCCACAAUUUCCCUUUAGAACAUUCAACAUUGUAGGAAAUCCUCUGAUAUGCGCAACUGGAAAGGAGAAAGAUUGCUUUGGAAAGGCACCGAUACCGCUUUCAUUCAACUUGAACAAUUCACAGAGCACUCAAUCUUCGGGAAGACCCAAAAGUCACAAAAUGGCCCUUGCUCUUGGGACGAGUCUUGGAUGCAUUUGUCUACUCAUGCUUGGGUUUGGGCUUCUCUGGUGGAAGCAACGAUAUAACCAACAAAUCUUCUUUGAUGUCACUGACCACCAUCGUGAGGAAGUUUGCCUCGGAAACUUGAAGAGGUUCCCAUUUAAGGAGCUUCAGAUUGCAACUGAUAACUUCAGCAGCAAGAACAUGAUUGGCAAAGGUGGGUUUGGAAAUGUCUAUAAAGGUUAUCUCCAAGAUGGAACCGUUGUGGCAGUAAAAAGGCUCAAAGAUGGCAGCGCAGCAGGUGGGGACCUCCAGUUUCAGACAGAAGUAGAGAUGAUCAGCUUAGCGGUGCAUAGGAACCUUCUCAGGCUUUGUGGGUUUUGCUUGACGACAACAGAAAGGCUUCUGGUUUACCCAUAUAUGUCAAAUGGGAGCGUUGCUUCCCGACUCAAAGGAAAACCAGCAUUGGAUUGGAGUACCAGGAAGAGAAUUGCAUUGGGAGCUGCAAGGGGUCUCUUGUAUCUUCAUGAGCAAUGCGACCCGAAGAUAAUUCACAGGGAUGUAAAAGCAGCCAAUAUAUUGCUCGACGACUACUGUGAAGCUGUAGUGGGAGAUUUUGGGUUGGCGAAGCUUUUGGAUCAUAGAGACUCGCAUGUUACAACUGCUGUGCGGGGGACUGUCGGGCAUAUAGCUCCUGAGUACCUCUCAACUGGGCAAUCGUCGGAGAAAACAGAUGUGUUCGGGUUCGGAAUCCUCCUCCUUGAAUUGAUCACUGGUCAGAGAGCUCUAGAAUUCGGAAAGGCGGCGAACCAGAAGGGAGCCAUGCUUGAUUGGGUGAAGAAAAUUCACCAAGAAAAGAAGCUUGACAUGCUUGUUGAUAAAGACUUGAAAGACAACUACGACCGGAUUGAGCUCGAAGAAAUGGUUCAGGUGGCUCUCAUAUGCACCCAAUACCUUCCGGGCCACAGGCCCAAGAUGUCUGAAGUGGUUCGAAUGCUUGAAGGAGAUGGGCUUGCAGAGAGAUGGGAAGCAUCACAAAGAGCCGAACCACACAAGUGUCGAGCCCAUGAAUUCUCCUCUUCCGAGCGGUACUCCGAUCUCACCGACGACUCUUCAUUACUAGUGCAAGCAAUGGAGCUCUCCGGCCCAAGGUGAAUUUUGAUAAAAAAUCAAAAGAAAAGAAAAGAAAAGGAAGCGACCACAACGUUGUCCCGAUGUAGUCAAGCCGUUUGAAAGAACACAUGAGAGUUGUGUAUAGUAGUAUAUUAGUGGUCUAAAAGGUUGUGUAUACAAAGCUAAUUUGAGUAAGAACGUCGGAAAUCGGGAGGUGCAAUGAGUCAUGAGCUUGUAUGAAUAAUGUGAUUUUUUUUUUUUUUUUUUCGUGAAAAAGAAAGAAUAUGUGAUAAAAUAUAUAGUCUUUUUCAAGAAUGUUCUUA